UCAGUUUGUUUCAUCAUCAGGUGUUCUGUUGUAUUUGCAUUCAUUUCUGAUUUCAUUCGCAUCGUCUGACUGAUCAUCAUGUUUAGAUGUGUUGUGCCGAAAAUACAACGUGCUGUGUUGAACAGCCGAGUUCGUUUCCAGUCCAAUAAUUCCGCUGAUAGAAAGUUUCUUCUAAGUCAAGUUGACUUAUUGACUAAACAGCUGGAGGCCAAAGUCGAUCCGGAACUAAUCAAAGCUGGUGUAAUACUAGCCAAAGUGAAAGAAAUACUAACUGAAACCGAUGCAGAAAAGGCCAAAGCCGAGUCAGAUUUUGUAUACAACCAGCUCUUCGGAAACGACGACGAAAUCGACGAUGACGAGAGAGCUGCUGUAAAGAAAACGCUACAAGAACUGGAUAAAAAAUACGAUAAUUCCAGCACUUCACAGUCAUCCAAUACUUCCACAGAUACAAAGUCUAUCUUAAAAAAAGUUGCCUCAUUGACUAGAGAGCUAGAAGUGGCCAGAGCCAAUGAAGAACGAGCCAAAGCUGAUGCGAAACUUGCCCAAGCCGAUGCUGAAGUAGCCAAAGCCGAGGCAGAGACUGUAUACAACCAGUUAUUUGGAAACAACCCCAAAUUCGACGACGACCAGAGAGCUGCGAUAAAGAAAAAACUACAAGAAUUGGAGGAAAAUUACAUCCGUAACCGUAAUCCUAAAGCGUAAAUGUAUCUUUAAUAUAGAAAUGUGUAUCGAUAGCUGGUAGGUAUUCAUUAUGUGUACUAUUGUUGUUAUUGUUUUUUCCUCCAAUAAACCAAUAUUAUUAUACCUAGAUAAAACACGCCUCUCUUUAAUCAAAAAUGUCACAAUUUCAAGAAAAUUUUGCUUCCUUGUUGCAAAAAAUUUCUAUUUAUCAGAAUUGUAAACAAAAAUCGUUCAAAUAUGUACCGGUAGCCUUAAAUCUUCCUUUUUUUUUGUCCAGAUUGCAAACUUUUGUAAAAAGGAUCAAUUUUU